AUGCUAGAGCACAAAUAUGGGGGUCACCUGGUCUCUCGGAGGGCAGCCUGCACGAUCCAGACGGCCUUCCGCCAGUACCAGCUCAGCAAAAACUUUGAGAAGAUACGGAACUCGCUCCUGGAGAGCCGCAUGCCUCGGCGAAUUUCACUGAGGAAAGUCCGAGUCCAGAACUCUGAAAGUUUUUCUGCUGAGAAAGCCCUGGUCGAAGGAUACAAUUUUGUUGGCAUCCCUUUGGUGAGAUCUCCAUCUUUGCCCGCCACAAUCAGUGGGGCACUGACUGAACUGGAGGACUCUUUCACAGAGCAAGUCCAGUCUUUGGCCAAAUCUAUUGACGAUGCCCUCAGCACAUGGAGCCUAAAGACAAUGUGUUCCCUUCAAGAUGGCAGCUCCUACCAGAUAAGAGAAACAUUUAGUACCAGUGCGAUGCAGCCAAACCAAGACUUAGAAGCUGAACUGAAGGACCAACAGAAGGAGGAAGGGUUGCUGCCAGAUACUCUGCCCAAGAGCAGCAGCACCCUUAUGAUGGCCUUCCGUGAUGUCACUGUCCAGAUUGAUAACAAGAACAUCUCCGUCUCCUCAUCUACCUCGGUGUCUAUGGCAAACUGCCUUGCUAACAACACCCAAGCCGGGAUUUCUCAAUCUGCCAAAAUCGAAGAAAUCCCAGAGGAAGAAGGGGAAAAGUCCAAAGAGCCUCCAUCUGCCCCAGAAAGGCCGCCUGAAUCUGCAGUCCUCCAGAACAGUCACACUGUAGCUGAGGUGAAUGUCAACACCAAUGGCUUGGGGGGAGGAGAGACAGAGGUGGAGCAAAUGAUGAUGCAGAAGCUCCAGUUUGACUCAAACAAUGAGACAGGGCAGAGCAAGGGCUCAGAGGCUGAAAAUGUAGACAAUUCAGAGCAGCUCAGCAGUAGCAGCACCUCCACCUCAGCCAAGUCCGCCUCUGAAUUGUCCUCGAAGGAAGCCCUGCAGGCCAUGAUCCUGAGCCUUCCACGAUACCACUGUGAAAAUCCAGCCAGCUGCAAAUCUCCUACUCUUUCCACGGAUACCAUGAGGAAACGGCUGUACCGCAUUGGGCUAAACCUCUUUAACAUAAAUCCAGAUAAGGGGAUCCAAUUCCUUAUCUCUCGGGGCUUCAUCCCAGACACACCAAUUGGAGUGGCACACUUCCUGCUACAGCGCAAAGGACUCAGCCGCCAGAUGAUUGGAGAAUUCCUCGGAAAUAGCAAGAAGCAGUUCAAUCGGGACGUCCUAGACUGUGUUGUAGAUGAGAUGGACUUCUCUGGCAUGGAGCUUGAUGAAGCUUUGCGGAAAUUUCAGGCCCACAUCCGAGUGCAAGGAGAGGCCCAGAAGGUGGAACGUCUAAUUGAGGCCUUCAGCCAACGGUACUGCAUGUGUAACCCAGAUAUGGUCCAGCAGUUCCAUAACCCAGACACCAUUUUCAUCCUGGCCUUUGCCAUCAUCCUUCUCAACACAGAUAUGUACAGCCCUAACAUCAAACCUGACAGGAAGAUGAUGCUGGAGGAUUUUAUUCGGAACCUGAGAGGCGUAGAUGAUGGAGCUGAUAUCCCCCGGGAACUGGUGGUUGGUAUUUAUGAAAGGAUCCAGCAAAGAGAGCUCAAAUCCAAUGAAGAUCAUGUGACUUAUGUGACCAAAGUGGAAAAAUCCAUUGUUGGAAUGAAAACGGUCCUGUCAGUGCCACACCGCCGGUUGGUUUGCUGCAGCCGCCUUUAUGAAGUGACGGACGUGAACAAAGUGCAGAAGCAAGCGGCUCACCAGAGGGAGGUUUUUCUCUUUAAUGACUUGCUGGUGAUUCUUAAGCUUUGCCCCAAGAAGAAAAGCUCCUCCACCUACACCUUUUGCAAAUCGGUUGGCUUGUUAGGGAUGCAGUUCCACCUCUUCGAGAAUGAAUAUUACCCCCAUGGCAUCACUUUGGUAACUCCAGUUUCAGGCUCAGAGAAGAAGCAGGUCCUCCAUUUCUGUGCUCUGGGUGCAGAGGAAAUGCAGAAGUUUGUGGAAGACCUAAAAGAAUCGAUAGCAGAGGUGAUGGAGCUAGAACAGAUUCGCAUUGAAUGGGAGCUGGAAAAACAGCAUGGGGCAAAGCAUCUUUCCUUAAGGAGCAAUGGGUCUCAGAUGGAAACACAAUCCAAGCAAGGAUCUCCUACAGCCAAAAAAGACUUGGGGGAAAAGAUCCCGGACAGCACAGUGGAGGUUUUAAUCAAUGCCUCCCCAGCCAGACUGACAAUUUUACCAAUUUCCAGAGAUACAAUAAAAAGUUACUGCUAG